CUCUCCCCUCACGUGCUUCCGGUGGUAGGAAAAGCGGAGUGUCGGGGAGAAGAGUUGUCAGAGCGCAGAGUGCGGAGGAGGAGGGAGGAUCUCUCUGGACACAUCGGCCGCACAUCGCCCGAUCUCCGGUCGUCAUGUGGGUUGGGGCUCUGUAGGGUGCAGAUCGUCGGGUGUGGAGGGUGUCAUGGAGGAUCAGACUGAUCGGAGCCCCGGAGCCCCCAGUGACCCGGAAAGCGGGGUCUCCCCUCCCCCCCCACACCGGACCACCAACUUCUUCAUCGAUAAUAUCCUCCGACCAGACUUCGGCUGCAGGAAGGAGACUCCGGGGAGAGAGAACCCCUCCCCCAACCCCGACACCGACCCCCCCACAGACACCCCCAAUUCUACCAUCAUCAUCGCCGCCGCCCCCCAACACAACAAAUCCUCCGACCCCAUGGUGUGGCCCGCCUGGGUCUAUUGUACCCGCUACUCCGACCGACCGUCCUCCGAAAACAAUUCCUAG